AUGGCUACUCCUCGGGGCUCAGCUACUUACAAAAAGAGAGAGGGCACUUUAUCUCUUUCUCAAGACCAUCAAUAUGUGUCCUGGACGCCUGUGGCACCUCCUGGUGCCUCGCCCGCUUUGACACUUACAGUAGCUACCAUCACGAACCUUCAGCAGACGCCAGCGACCAGCGAAAAGGUGGCUCUUCGAAUUUUUACGCAGCCACAAGGGGCAGCGGCGCAAGAGCAGCAUGUCUUUUCUUUCACCUCCCGCACGGCUGCCCGAGCAGAGGCAAAUGCUAUCAAGGACGCUCUCAGUGCUUCAAUUCAAACUGCAAAAUCCGGAUCGCAGACUCCAGCUGCUGCAGGUGGAGGUGGAGGUGGGCAGUCUGCGGCAAUGGCCAUCGCUAGUGCUAUUUCAUCAACAGCCCAAGGCACCCGUGCCAUAGAGAAUUGGUUCGAUGACUCGAGGCUAAAGAGUGAUGUCGAGCUUCAACAGUCGCUACUGAAGUCGGAUCCUGGCCUCCAAAAGACCUUCGUGGAAGCUUUGCGGACGAAGCCAGAAUCUAUCACGAAUUUCCAGUUUACGUCACAAUUCUGGUCGACUCGGUUACAUCUUCUUCGCGCUCAUGCGGUUGAACGCAAUCAAACAAGAGGCUCGCAAAACGUUCUAUCGACUAUAAAACCGAAGACUAUCGAUAAUGCUCUUCGGUUGAAUAUUACGAAGGGCCAAAUCCAACAGAUCUUCAACCAACAUCCACUCGUCAAGCGCGCCUAUGAUGAAAACGUUCCCAAGGUCAGCGAAGAAGCUUUUUGGUCGAGCUUCUUUCAGAGCAGGCUUUUCAAGAAGCUUAAAGGGGAGAAGAUUACUGAAAAUGACCCUACGGAUCCUGUUCUUGAUAGAUACCUCAGGGAAGACGAUCAAGCAUCACGGCUGCUUGGAGAAAUUCAUGUGCCGCAUAUCAUAGACAUAGAAGGAAACGAGGAGAACCAUAGUCAGAGAAGAGGAAAUCUUCCCGACUUGACCAUGCGCCCAAGCACUCACGAGAAGGUUCCGAUUUUGAGAGCUAUAAAUCAUCAAAGUGAGAUGCUUAUGCGUCAAGUCGCUAAAAUUGACGUCGACCCCUCACAACCAAUUGGCAUGGAUGAGGUAACUUUUAAUGAAUUGGCACUGCGUGACCUGCGAGGCGAUGCGGAGGAGAAUCGCAUUAUUCUGAAUAUCAAAGAUCAGAAGCGCUUCUUCUCGGAUGCAGAUGAAGAUCAGGUGUCUGCAGAUGCUUUACUCUACUCACGCCAGGAUCCGAGCGAAGUCUUAGGUGGACUUCGGAUGGACCUGGAUCCCGCUCUCAUGGAAAGUGAUUCAGGAGGUGGGCUGGACCUUGAAAAUGCACUUGGAGUUAAUGAUGAUUCCGAAAGUGAACCAGAACAUGAUGGAGAUAAGACCUCUCAUGUUGGCAGCAAAGCCAAUCUAAUGGCCGCUAGCUCUCAGAUAUUCGACGCAAUUAAGCAACGUCGUUCUCAGACAGACGAUUUUUCUUCCACUGCACUGGGGUUUUCUACAGUCCAGGCGUCUGCGGCUGGUCUCUCUCCGACACUAUUCGAUCGAUUGUCGCUGACUCAUGCUACCACAACUGAAUUCUUGCAUUACUUCUGGCUUGUAUUUCUUUCAGGCGAUGCUGAUCGCGCUGGAGAAGUGGGUCAGAUGGUAGAGUCACUGAAGCGAGCAAUAGAGAGAGUCAAAGCCGUCGCUAAUGACGCUGAAAAGGAAAGAAAUAUAGAAGUCGAAACCCUACAGAAACAGGUAAGGGAAAGAGAAAAGCGGACUGGCAGGAGAAUAAAGGCCAAUUUCGAUUCCAUUGGAGGAGGCGCAAAAGUAGUCAACGAGAUGCUGGGGCCCACGGUACGAGCAGUCGACGUUGCCUUAGCCGAGUACAGCAGGGCUUUGGCCGCGGAAGGACUUGAAAUGGCACGAUAA